AUGAAGUACAUUCGCGAGCUUUUGAUAGGAAUCGUUUACAUAUCUGAAGCCUCAGUAAUACCCAGCACUCGGAGGAGCGGGGACAACCUAGCACCUCUCUACAGAGGCGAAUCCAACGAAACACGACCGGAUACCUACAUGGUCACGCUCUUUCGGGAUAAAGAUUACCAUGACCACUUCAAGGUGAUCGGACGAGACUUAGAAGCCGAUAAUUCGACGGCGUUCAGAUGGUUCAAGUACGCCGAUUCCUAUUACGCCGCCAAUAUUACGAAAGACUGGAUCGACAAGAUUCGCAGAGAUCCUGCGGUCGAAUCCGUUGAGGAAUACGAGCCUUGGGAAUUGAUUGAACCGCCCCCUGCGUCUGCCCGUGCAAACUCGGAUAUUGUGAAAAGAGAUUUGCAACCGUGGUUUCCAGAUGUAUACGAGCAAUCUCCAUGGCACCUACAAGCUUUGACUGCAAGCGGAAAACUGGACAACAUGCCCGACCAGGGACCUGCAACUCAAAUCAAGUACAACAACACCGUUGGAGGUGGACAAGGCGUGAACAUCUAUAUCGUCGACAGUGGUGUGGACAUUGACCAUGUUCUUUUCCAGGGACGAGCCAGAAACUUCCACCAAUGUUAUGUUGAGGCCGAUGGGGACUGCUUCAAAGAUUUCCACGGUCAUGGGACUGCUGUCGCCGGCUGCGCCGCCGGAAGGUUCUUCGGCUCUGCCCAAGGGGCGAACAUCAUCAAUGUCAAGGCCUUCUUCACCUUCAGCAAGAGACCUCCGCAGACAUUGCCUGGAGACUUGGAGAAAGCCUUGGAAGGUAUCUUGGAUGAACAUCUAGCCAACGUCGCCAAUCCGCCACCCGGCUUCAGAGGAUCUGUCGUCAACCUGUCUUUAGGAAAGGAUAAAGGGCGUGGUGAUGCUGUCAGGAAUACACUGGAUAGAUUCUAUAUGGCUGGCGUUCCUGUCGUCACAGCUGCAGGAAAUGCCCGUGAGGCAGGUGUAAGUGCUGACAACAUUUGGCCCUGCAAAUUUAACUCUAUUUGUGUCGGAGCAAUAUCACGAAAGUACGAACAAGAUAAGUACUCGAAUAUGGGGAAGAAUGUGUCUGUGCUUGCUCCCGGCACGGACAUCAGAACACUGGCUCCAGGAGGAGGAGCUAUCUUCAAGACUGGCACAAGCUUUGCUGCUCCCCUUGUCGCUGGAGUCCUUGCCACCUUCAUGGGUUGGGAGAAUUUAGGACACGAAGGUCUUGAUAAUCCCAACUUGAUCAGGUCUCGCCUGGAUGCCAACCUCCUUAGAGGUAUUCUUACUGACUGGAAGAAUGGAGCUGACCUUGGUGGGUCUGAGAACAACAUGGUCACUAGCGGUAUCAACUAUCCUGGUAAACCGGCUGAGGAUCCCUAUAAUGGCGUCGGUGAGGGUGUCGACAACACAUAUCAGACAGAUUACAAUCCUUUCGAAGUUGUCACAGCCACUGGAGAUUUUACUCUGAAUCCGCAACCAACAGAAGACCCUCAACCGACUCCAAUAGCAGAACCUACAAUCACACAAUCUUUCUCUGAUAUACCAGCUGCAGCGACCACUGAGGCUGAAGUUGACGACAAUAACUUUGACUCGACCGGAGAUGGAAGCGACAUUGACACAAGUGAGCCGACCGCAACAGCAAGUCCCACCAGCGAUGACAGACCAAAGAUCAUCACUCCGGUCGGUGAUGGCCAUGGAUGUCUAUAUGUGGGAUGCCCGGAUGACUACAUCUGCAAUACUGUGGGUAACUGUGUGCUAGACUAA